GCAAGAAUUUGGCGUCUUGCAUAAAAUAGUGGCUGUCACUGUUGACGAUGACACAAACAUGGAUGUGGCAAUAGCAAGGCUGCAAUUCAUAAAACUCGGCUGUUUUGCCCACGCACUAAAUCUUGCUGCACAAAGUGUCUACCCUCUGGCAAUCAGUGGCAAAACGGACCGCCAAAAUCAGGGAUGUUGUCGUCUGGAUGAAGCGGACAUCCAUGGCAAAGCCUGUGCUUCGGGAGAAGCAACAAGUCCUAAAUCUGCCUCAACACUCCCUAAUCCUGGCUGUUCGAACUCAUUGAAAUUCCUUCUACAUGAUGCAGGAACGAUUCCUUGAGCCGUAUCCUGCAAUCCAAGCAGCCAGCUUAGACCAGCGUCCGAGAAAGCCCAUGGAGAGGGACCGACCUGCUCGACUCAUGGAUGAAGAUUUCCGAAAGACAGAGGAGUUCGUCCAGCUGAUGAGUGUUAUUCACAUCCACACUCUGUGUUUCAUCCGAAAAGAGCCCCACAUGCAGCCAGGUCCUUCCAAUUCUUCAGAGGCUGGAGAUGCACUUCAAGAGAGAGACACAGUGUUUAUGUCCAGCUUGAAGCAGGCUGUCUGGCAAAAUCUCUCCAAGCAGUACCAGGGUGAUGACAUCAGACACUUCCUUGAAGAGGCCACUGCACUAGACCCAUGUUUCAAGCACAAAGUGGGGACCAGGUCAAGGAAAAGUUGAUGACAGGAAAGCUGACUGAGUCCGAGCAGCCAACAGAGCAUGCCCAUGGAGAAGAUGGUGUAACAGUGCAGUCAGAAGAGAAAAGACAACAAAGAGAAAUUGAGGAGAGUGAGGAAGAGGAGGAGCAGCCACCUCCCUGCAAGAGGGCUAUAAUAUCUCUGCUGGAGGAGUUUUCUGCUGCUGAAGAGGACCUGAAGAGGAAAAUAUCAUCAAACGGCACCACGCCCAUCCAGCACCAGACUGACAGAGAGCUGCAGAUGUACCAAGAGAUGCCUCCAACAGUGACAUCUGAUCACCCUGCUGCCUGGUGGUGGAACAACAGAACCACUUAUCCUUUGCUAUCUGAGGUGGCAUUUUCGUAUUUGUGUGUGCAGGCCUCCUCAACCCCAAGUGAGAGGGUUUUCUCCACCGCUGGAGAAACUGUUUGUCUAGAAAGAGCCCGCAUACCACCUGAGAAGGCUGAUAUGCGGAUCUUUCUGAAGAAAAACUGUUGAGUUAUUUGUCGCAUGGUCAUACAUACAUACAGCUUACAAGCAAGAAGAAGCUCCAAAUGGUACGAUCCACAAAUGGUUCAGCCGUUACUACUUUCCACUGUGUUGUUGUCAGGUGGAAUAUACGAGAAACUAGAGCAUUUUCCACUAGUCGUUAUCUACAAAUAUGACCGUGUUGUUCGGACGCCAGUAUUUUCCUGGGAUGAGGUGUUUAUUCCUGUG